AUGGAGAAGCAGAGUAAUGGACUAGAAGUGGCAUUUGCUGCCAUCGGGGAUGUGGCUGAGUUCAGCAGACAGGGAAGUGAUUUAUCUGUAAGGACUGAUGAGGCUGGCAGGGGAUAUUUUCUCCCCUUUGUAUGUGAUGGCUGUUCAGGUGUCUUUUGCCUUCAGCACAGGAGCCGGGAUGCUCAUGGGUGUUCUGAGGUGAAUAUUAGAAACAAUUCUGUGAAACCUGAUCAGCACAAAUCUUACCCAUGCUCGUAUAAGGACUGCAAUGGAAAGGAGCUUUUGCCAGUUUUAUGUCCCUACUGUGAAAAACACUUUUGUCUAAGACAUCGUCAUCAAUCAGACCAUGAAUGUGAGAAGUUGGAGACACCAAAACCUCGAAUGGCUGCCACCCAGCAGCUGGUUCAACAUAUUAUAGAUUCUAAAAAAAGUGAGGAAGCAAAAAGCAAAAAACGUAAAGGAGCGAAAAACAGUGAGACAGCAGCAAAAGUGUCAUUAAUGAAACUGAAGAUGCACGCGUGUGGGGACAAGUCCUUGCCUCAGACAGAAAGAAUUUACUUUCAAGUAUUUUUACCAAAGGGGAACAAGGAGAAAAGCAAGCCUAUGUUCUUUUGCAGUAAGUGGAGUAUUGGCAAAGUAGUAGAUUUUGCAGCUUCCUUAGCAAGCCUUAAAAAUGACAACAACAAAUCAACAUCCCAGAAAUUGAGAUUAUGCCAUACUGCCUCCGGAGAAGCCUUGCCAUUUGAGCACACCCUGGAAACGUGGCUGUCUGAUAAAGACUAUCCACUGUACAAUGGAGGAAAUAUAAUUCUGGAGUAUCUUGAUAAUGAUGUUCUAUUUUUAGAAGAUACAGAGUCAUACAUUAGUUAGUAAAUUAUCACAAGAAAAAAAACCUCAAAGACUUUUUUUAGAAGUAUAGUAUUCAAACAAGUCCUGUUUCCU